AUGGGCCGACAAAAGCAAACAACGCCACUUCAGCGCACCCCUUCUUCGCAGUUGAUGCAAAACGAACCAGAGAAACAAAACCAGCAUUUCAAUGGCAAUGGCAAUGCCAAUGUUGAAUCCAAGCCACAAGAAAAUGCGCCUACAAAGGUCUCUGCAGCAGUGGAAAUCGUGGCCGAAACCGUGGCCGAAACUCCGGGUCUAAUGCAACUGCUCAUUUGCGUUCUUGGUAUAUACGCUGCAUUCCUUUCAUGGGGUGUUCUUCAGGAAGCAAUCACAACAACCAGCUAUCCUGUUCAUGCCACCAGCGCCGCUGACCCAGAACCUCAAACGGAGCGAUUUACCUACUCCCUGGUCCUGAACACCAUUCAGUCCUCCUUCGCUGCAUUCACCGGAUUCGUGUACCUCCUCGUUUCUACACCAAAAGGCCAAAGCGUCCCAUCCAUCUUCCCCACACGCCGAAUCCUCUUCCCCUUGCUGCUAGUCAGUAUAUCCUCGUCUCUCGCUUCGCCAUUCGGAUACGCUAGUCUUGCCCACAUCGACUAUCUCACCUUCAUUCUCGCCAAGUCUUGCAAGCUUCUCCCUGUCAUGCUUUUGCACUUGACCAUCUUCCGCAAGAAAUACCCGCUGUACAAGUAUGGCGUCGUGUUGCUGGUUACUCUGGGCGUUGCGACAUUCACUCUACACCACCCCGGCACGAGCAAGAAGGUGGCCGCAGCUGCAGAGAAGGAUAACUCCGGAUCUUCGAUGUGGGGUAUCUUCUUGCUAUCUAUCAAUCUUCUUUUGGAUGGUUUGACCAACACCACUCAAGACCACGUCUUCACCUCUCCAAAGCUCUACACUCGCUUCACUGGACCGCAGAUGAUGGUUGCGCAGAACGUGCUCUCAACUGUUUUGACAGCUGCCUAUCUUCUGGUUAUGCCGUAUAUUUCCCAGAGUGGUAUCUUGCAUAACUUGCUCCCCUUCCCGAUUCCUCCGUCAAACGAGACAGAACUUUGGUCUGCCAUCUCGUUCCUUCAACGCCACCCCGAGGCCCUGAAGAAUGUCCUUGGCUUCGCUGCUUGUGGUGCCGUGGGCCAGCUGUUUAUCUUCUACACACUGUCUCGCUUCUCGUCUCUUCUUCUCGUUACUGUGACCGUCACCCGCAAGAUGCUUACCAUGCUUCUGAGCGUGUUUUGGUUCGGCCACUCCCUUUCUGCCGGACAGUGGCUCGGUAUUACCUUAGUAUUUGGCGGCAUUGGUGCCGAAGCUGUUGUACAAAGAUCGGAAAAGAAAUCCAAGGAGCGUGCGAAGGACGAAGCUGCUAAGAAGGAGCAGUAG